AUGGCGCAUACAAAGGGUAAGAGGGGCGACAGACCGGUCUCUCGAGAGGGAACGACAUCCGCUCGACCAUCUCGAUCUCCCAGCACAAGGCGCUCAAUCUCUAUGACCAGAUCUCCGGAUGUCGAAAAUGCUUCUUCGCUGUCCGAAGCCGAGUCGUCGAAUUCCGAACCUGCUAGACCCUCCAUAGGUCAGACGCUCGCAGAUCAGUUCAGGGCUCGAGCUUUAGCCCAGUCGACCAAGGAAGGCGAUAGCGACGAUGACCUCAACUUGCCGCCCGCGCUUGACAUCGCAGGUAUUGCGGACGAUGAAGAUCUGCCAGAUCUCGACUUGGAAACAUUGACGGGUGCCAGGCCGAAAAGAUCCACGGCAAAGACGGACGCGUACAAGAUGCGCGCUCCGAAAUUCGCUCCUUCUCAAAGGCGCCAGGAUGCUGCAAAGGCAAAGGAGUCAGCGGCUGUGAAAGCUGGAAUUACUUCUCCAUUGAAAACAUCUACGGACAAGGAGCUGACCAAGUUGUUUGCGCAACGCAAAAAGAUGAAGCAGAUGGGCACUGACUUGGCGGGAAUGGAAGAGGCGGACCGCUUCAUGCUCACCUUUACGCAGCAGAUGGCAUCGAGAGGACAGACGAGUACGGACGACGAGGACGACGACGGACAGCAUCUAGAUGAGCAGAGCGACGCUAGCUCUUCGGGCAACGACGCUCUUGGUGGUAGGACAGCUCAGACAAACGUGGCUAAUGCCUCGCGGAAGCACAUCGCCCUUUCUGACUCAGAAGCGAAGAGUCCCGCGAACGAGAUCAAGAGGGUCGACAAUGCCAUUAGAUCACGAGGAACAAGGAAGAAGCGAAAAGCAGAGCACGGCUCCGAGAGCCCGGAGGCAAACGAGGCUGAAGAUGUUCUUGCCAUACUUCACAAGGACAGGUCACCUGGAAAGAUGCGUGGCGCGCAUCAUAAGCUCAGAUUCAAACACAAGCAGAUGUUUUGGACUUCUGUACCAGUACCGUUCCAUCUUCCACGUUUGCCUCCCGGGGAUAAUCCCAACCCGCUGACCGAAGCUCUAGCAGAUGCUUUGUCGUAUGCGAGUGGGCAAGAAACGCUGGCGGCUUUGCUGCGCUCUGAGCUGUUCGCAUCUUUCCUGGCACUGGAGGAAAGUGCAUCGAAGAGGAUGCUGGACGAAGAGGAAAGGCGCGCAAGCAGUCCGCUGUCAUCCACUACCUCAGAGAGCAACGCGCCGUCGCUCGCCGAGUGGCUGACCAAAUUGAUUCUCCAAGUCGACUCGCCUGCGCUCUCUGCCUCUGCUUUCGUGGGCUUGCGCAAGCUACUACUCGGCCUCAAAUUGGCCAAGACAGCCCUCUCUGCAGCGAGCGCAAUCCUGAAUGAUGCCCUCGUUGCGGUCUUGACCGCCCUGCCGGCUGCGCUGGCCGAUCUUGGGGCAUCACACCAGGUGCUGGCGGCGAUGUAUGACUGUGAUGUUUCAGACAUCGCCACAGAAGCACCAUUGUCUCAACAAGUGCCACAACAACUUGUGGUCGGGCGCGCCUCGCACAAAGGAUCUAGCGCAUGGUCCACAGGUCGAGAGGACGCUUUGGAGCGUCUGCUCAAUGUGUUGGGCGUCAUUGCGGACCUGAUCGCUACACUGACGCUUGACUCACAAGCCGUCUUAGCUUGCAACAACACAGCAGUGCUACUGCUAUUUCUCUUCCAUUUGGACGGUGCGAAUGGGCGUCCCUCGCGCAGUUAUUGCACAACACAGCACGCUGAGCUCAUUGCCAAGUUUCAAGGCGUGCAAAAACCUGCGCGCCCCGAGGCUUUGCUCGAUCACUCCUGGAAAUGCUCAGCUCGCCUACUUGCAGCGAUUGGUGCCAUCCAAUGCGACGAAGCGGCGACUGUGAGAAUCAUCUUAGCUAUGCCUUCGCUGGAUUUGCAAGGCGCCGUUGCGCGGAGUCGCACCGCGUACAUUCGGCUAUUGAGAUCCUCGCAAGCUGACAGUAACGAGAUGAAGAAAGCGUUGCCUUUGGAAUCGCUGGCAAACCGCCUGAAUUCAAGUGAUGAUAAUCCUCUCCACGUCCGACGAAGGCCGACGAAUACGUCUCCUUAUCCGGACGACUUGGAUUACGAAGAGCUCGGAUGCCGAGUCAGGUUGCUCAGCAUCAUUCUCUCGGAUCUGCCUCUGCAGCUUUGUGAUCAUGUCGAAACUGGUGAGACAGACGAAGCCAGUUCCUUCUCCACUCCUACCAACCCGACCAUCGACUCGAUCGUGCGGGCCAAUGGCAGUGGCACCUCCUCACAGAGGUCCGUAGAGACCCUGAUUGGUGCAACGCAAUUUCCCAUCUUCAGAGACGCCGACAAGUCCAAGAGACGUAUCUGGUCUGCUGCUAUGGACGAAGCAGUGGCCUUGGCUAACGAAGCACUGCAAUGCAUCACGCGGGAUCGCGAGAUUGCGCGGAGCGAGCAAGACAACGUGCCAAUGUCCGCAUCUGCUCCGCCUCCAACGUCGACGUCGAUCUCUGCAUCUUAUCACACGGCAGCGAGCGGACACUCCAGCACGACUGUCCCGGCCUCUCUUCGCUUUGAGCCCUCUACGGCGCGCUACAAACAGCUCAGCAUGAUCGCGGAUCACAUCAAGGAUGCCGGCGGGCGCAUAUCGGACGGUCGGGGUGGACACCUUGCAAGGAGCAGGGUCAAAGAUGAUAUGCAGAGACUAUCGCUGUCGAUCAAGUACAGGUUGACUGCUCUUGCACCUGCUGCUGAGCAAAGUGUUGCGUACGAUUAG